UGCAAACUGAAAAAUAUUAAAUUGAAUUGCAUCAUAUAUGUGAAAAAACCUCUGAAAAAUGGGAAACGCUAGUGCUAAAGCGGUUGAAGUUAAAGUUUUAGAUGGUCCUGCACCUGAAAACGUCGAGAAACCUAAACUAAAGCCUUGCUGUGCUUGCCCUGAAACAAAAAGAGCACGCGAUGCAUGCAUUAUAGAAAAUGGAGAAGAGAACUGUGGACCACUUAUUGAAGAACACAAGGCCUGUAUGAGAAAAAUGGGAUUCAAUAUUUAAAGUCAUACUGAAUUUUCAAUCAAAGUAUUAUUAGCUACAAAGUACCUACGACAGCAUUGCUUAUUUGUCAGCAAAUAAGUUCCAAUAUGAAAAAAA